CAAAAAAUCCCGGCUGGCUGCUAUUGCUAAACGAAGUAAGAAGAACGGAGAAGUCAUCACGUCUGACGUUUACUUUGGUUUUCUCAGCCGUUAGGAUUAAGAGUUUGCUUUUUCUGAACUAACCCCACAAAAUACGUGAGGUUACAUCUGAAUUUUGUCGACAUUUUUUUAAAGACAUGAUUUUUCGCGCGUUGUGCUUGAGUUGAGCUAGCCGCUAGCUAGCGUCAGCUGUGUUCUGUUCGCACCAACUCCCAUUGAACGCACAUUUGUGCCCUCUGUAAAUAUUCAAAGCGACACAUUGAGAUUUUUUUUUUUUUUUUUGCGAGCACGACACGUUACGAUGGCAGUUGCCUCCGUGGUUCGGCCGGAUGCUUGCUAAAUGUCAUGCUGAAAUUAGCUCGCCUUUUCAGAACAGUGACGAUAGCAAGAAAGCUUUGCAACAUUUCCGACGACGACAUGGCCAAGGGAAAGUUUUUCUACGCGGUGAGGAAAGGAUUCAGCCCUGGAGUGUACCACUCGUGGGACGAGUGUAAAGCCCAAGUGUUCAAAUUCCCUUCGGCUAUCUAUAAAAAGUUUGUCUCCGAGAAGGACGCGUGGGCUUUUGUUAGAGGGUCGGAACAAUCUCUGGCCGUUCAGCCGCCCACGGCGACGGAAGCCGAGGUGUAUGCCCUUCCCAAAAAAGGGCCUGAACCGCUGGAGUACAUCCCGCUAGGUAACAAGCGAAGUCACGUCGAGCGGCGGCAGGACGACGAGGCCGCGGUGCCGUCCAAACGCCUCAAACGGGACCGCGACUCCUCUGCGGACGGCGCGGAUGGAUUCACAUACAUGGGCGAUGCGGUGACGGUCUACACCGACGGCUGCUGCUCCAGCAAUGGCAAGCGAGGCGCUCGGGCCGGCAUCGGCGUCUACUGGGGUCCCGGCCAUCCUCUGAAUGUGGCCGAGCCGUUGCAAGGGAGACAAACCAAUCAACGCGCGGAAAUACAGGCGGCGUGCCGAGCGCUGCGGCAAGCCAAGGAACAAAAGAUCAAGAAGCUGGUGGUCUACACGGACAGCAAGUUCACCAUCAACGGCGUCACCAAGUGGGUGAAAAACUGGAAGCUGAACGGUUGGCAGCUCAAGUCGGGGGCUCCCGUCAUCAACAGAGAGGAUUUCGAGACGCUGGACCGCCUCAACCAAGAGCUGGAGGUGGUCUGGAUACACAUUCCGGGUCACGCGGGCUACAGAGGCAACGAGGAGGCCGACCGUCUGUCCAGGGAAGGAGCGGCAAAGUUGUCCCGGUGCUGACGCCGCCGUUUCGUCUUCUCGGUCUUGUUAUUUUGUCGUUGUUGAUCUGGGCCGCCGUGGGUUGUUCCUUGAGUUUGACAAUAAAUUUGACUUUUGAGUCUCACCUA